UCCACCUCAUAAAAUCCCAACCAUCUCUUCCAUGCAAUCACCAUCUGUUGCUACUGUGUCAAGGUUUAGCCAACCAAACAAAUUGUUGGAUCAUACUUCAAUUAGGUUAGAGGGUAUUGCCGGUGCAAAUGAUAGCCAAUCUUCUCAUCAGAUGAAAAAUCAGGAAAUAAAGUCUUCUAUAGUUCAAGCAGGACAUGGAGGCCUGCAUAUUACACAUCAACCUACUCAAGGCUUGGCAUUCUUUCAUGCACCUGCUCUUUAUACCAAUCACAAUGAGAUUGGUAAGAGUGUGCAGAGGAUAUUGCAAUCGAAGGUUCUGGAUCACCCAAACUGGAUUCCUCCAUCAAGUGACUAUAUGAAUGCUUCUUUAAAUUGCCAGAUAUGCAAAAAUGUGAUUUCAGAUACAGAAAGUUUGCUUGUCUGCGAUGCUUGUGAGAAAGGAAACCAUUUGAAAUGUCUUCAAUCUUAUGGCAGCAAAGACAUUCCUAAAGCAGAAUGGCAUUGCCCAAGCUGCUUGGCAUCAAGUAAUGGAAAGACCUUGCCACCCAAAUAUGGAAGGGUCACAAGAGCUCCUGUUCCAGCACCAAGAGCUGCUCCAAAUACAAGCAUCAAUGUUGCUUCUAAGAAAACAGAAGAUUUGGAUCCUAACACUAGUCAACAAAAAGCACUAGCCAACAGCAAUUCUUAUUUGUCUCAACAUUCCAAUUCUUCGAAUUUGGGUGGCAGCCAUUAUGAUUCAAUGGUAAUUGGUGCUGAAAUGGAUUCGAGGACAAAUGGAGUUAAGAGAGACAAUGAAAAAUGUGAUGCGGUAGGUGAUCAUUUGGAGGAAACAAAUGGAUCUGUAUGUGCUAAUUCUGAUGCAUCUUGUGGGUAUCCCAACGAUAUUGAAAAUGAUAGUUUAGCCUCAUCAAAUACUAAGGAAACCACUGAGCCUGUUUUGCAGACUAAUACAGUGGACAAAAGUUCCUGUGAGCAUUCACAGAGUUUGGUUGGUGGAAAUUACCAUUUUUCUAAAGCAACAUUUGCACCAGAUUCUGACCAAGAUUUAUCAAGCAAUGACAGAAUUUCUGGAAAUCAUUUGCAAGAAAGUUCUUCCACUACCACUUCUGAACCUGAAGGGCAUGGUGAGAAGAAACCACCUGAAUGCAUAGAUGCUUCCAGUGUCGAAGUAGUUAGUGAAGGUAGUUUACAAGUAACUGCUGAUGAGUCAAAAGGAUUGAUCAGUUAAUCAUGAUGUGGUCAUGUUCUCAAUCCCAUGGAGUAUAAUAUCUCAUUUCUUUAGUCUCUGCCGCUGUCUGUCCCAACAGAGAUGUUGGAAUUUGUACUCUCCCAAAAUUGCCCAGCUGACAAUGUCUCUUUUGUAUACACUUCAACAUUUUGUAGAAUCUGCAUGAUGUUUCGUCUGUAAUAUGUACCCUUUUUGAGUUCCAACUUAAUUAUUCUGAUAAAAUCUCAAAAGCAUUGGGAAUGACUUCA